UAUUUGUGGGCGCAGAAAAUGUCCCACGCGCGCGCGGGACAUAUGGCGCGAUAUACUCAAAUCUACGACAAACAAAUAUAUAUGUAGAUUUGACAAUGUCUUUCUACAAAGAGUUGAAUAAUUUGAGCACGGCCGACUUUUAUGAAUGCAAUUCAACAUCGAGAUCAUCUAAAAGAAAGGCAACGAGGGCUUCAAGGGAAUUAUUCGAAGUUGAGAGAGUGAUUUCGCGCAGAAUUCAACAAGGGAAGCCAAAGUAUUAUGUGAAAUGGCGAAAUUUCUCCAGCUUACAAAAUAGCUGGGAGCCAGAGGAAAAUUUGAAUACUGCCGCAUUAAGAGCUUUUGAAAACCCAGCAUUGUACAUGCCUGAUGAAAUCAUUCAGGAUGCAAGAGAUGCCUUAGCUUGUGGUAUAUUGGAGCAACUUAAGUCCAGAAGUGUACUACCCACUGUCAUCCCCUUUCGCCAUGAUGUUUUCAGAUACUUUUUCGGUGGAAAGGGAGAAAAAAGCAAUGAAAGAGGUGCUGUGCUGCUACACAAGUCUGAUUUUCAGGCUUGUAAUUUUCCAAAUAAUUGGGACAGAGUAAUGGAUAGCAUGGGGGAUGGCUUAGCAGUUGACUUUCCCAUUAAGUUUAGACCAUUUCUGUCAUGGAGCCCAAAGACAUAUCUUCUUAGGGAUGGGCAAGUUAUUCCUAGCCCAAGAUAUCGCCCUGAGAAAUUAAGUAUCUCUAUGUGUAAGAUAGCAUUAUAAUUAUAUUAUUAACACCUAUUUGUACAUGCAUGAACACAAUCAAUGAAAGUGAUUACCUAACAACAACUUAACCCUUUUUUGCCAAAACAGCCACAACUCUUAGAAAUUCUCAAAAGAGAUCUCAUUUUGGUUAAUUAAGUUAUUUACAUAUUUAUUUCAUUAGAAAUAGACAUGGGGAAUUAGAUAUUCUUGCUCAAUUGACCUUGCUAUUAGACAAAAGCAUUAAAUUAUGCAACAAAACAAGGCUUGUCUUGGCAGAGAAUGGGUAAUUUCAAGUAAUUAUGUCCAUCCAACUCUCCUUCUUUUAUCCCUAAUCCCUGCCUCCCAGUAAUUACUAUCUUUUUGUUAUAAGCUCUCUUUGUUCGCUGACUGCCGUGUAAUUCCCACUGCCUGGAUUCUAAUUGGAGGAUGUCUGAUGCUGGGUUUUUAUUGUUUGAUUUGCGCAAAACGACACUCCUUGCC